AUGGCGAUCUACACGGAAGUGAAUCUUUUGCAACGUAUCACCGACAUCUCCAAGAAUGACACCGGAAGUUGGUUCGCCUAUGAAGAUGCGAUCGAUGACUGGUGUGAUAUCACUGAGUUGGAGAAUGACAAGAGAGGACCAGCGUUACGAAACCGUCACGAAGGUGAAGCUGCGAUUCACAAGAGGCUUCUUGACAGAGAUCGCCUGAAGGACCCGAACCACGGAGUGAACUACUUGAAGAGUUUCCUGUCGCCGCUCUUCGUGAAGGGCGCAGCCAAUGUGUUUCUCUACCGCUUCCAGCAGUUCAUGAACCUACAUCGCGGUAAUGGUGAUAUGCUUCGUUGGAUUACCAG